AUGACUCAAGACCCUGUCCUCACUACUGUAAAGGACUGUGAAGUGCCUCUCACCAUCAGCAUUGAACCAUCAGUUGUCCUUGUUGAAGAUCAAGUGACUCUGUCCUGCCAGGUGACAGACAAUGUCCCCUCUAACACCAGCGUGCUCUGGUACAAAAUGGAAAAGGGGAGGGAUGCUCCACUGUGCUCUUCCUCCAGCCUGGGUGGGGUGGUGGAGCAGUGCAAGGAUGAAGAUGAGUGGAGGAUCGUGGGACACUGGAAGGGAAGAGCACUUCUUCUGGUCAUCCAGCAAGUGCAAGUAGCAGAUGAGGGGACAUAUGUUUGUGCACUGAAUGGCAGUGCUGUCAUGCAGGAGGCUACCACUCGCCUUGGUGUUACAGCAAUUGGGUAUAAGCCAACUGUGGACAGGGAUGUGCAAGAGGAGAAUAUGUGUCGCUACACGUGUAAGUCAAAAAAGUGGUACCCAAAGCCUGAAGUCAUUUGGAUGAACUAUGGAGGAGACGCAGUAAAUGUGGAGGCUGAGACAAAUGUAACCUGGAGUGAGAGAGACCGUUUCACGGUGCAAAGCAUCAUCACAGUGUCUUGUGAUAACUUAGAUGUGGUGUGUGUAGUCAAACUCGUCAAAUCCAAGAUAAGCCGAUCAGGUGCCAUGAAUGAAAUUAUUGUACCACAUUCAAGCAGUUGUACGUACAAGGGCAGAAUAAGUGGUUCCUAUGUAAAGCCCAAAGUGAUGUGGAUUAAUCCCCAAGGAGAAGAUGUAUCUUUGCUGGCCCAGACAAGCAUUCUACAGGAGACAGACAAUAUUUUUACAAUAGAAAGUUCCAUUGAGUUACCCUGUGGGCAACCACCACCUUCUUUUGUGACCACUGAGGGGGAACGCAGACCACAGAUUGCUCAACAAUCAGAAAAUGGAAACUUCAUCUGGAUUAUCUGCCUCCUUGUUCUCAUUAUUUUACCAGCAGUCCUCGAGAGGCAGAUUGAGAAGCUCCUGUCACAAGACAGGACAACACGUCAUGCAGAGAAGGGAAACCCAAAGGAGAUUGCAGUCCUCGAGAGGCAGAUUGAGAAGCUCCUGUCACAAGACAGGACAACACGUCAUGCAGAGAAGGGAAACCCAAAGGAGAUUGCAGUCCUCGAGAGGCAGAUUGAGAACCUGAAGAAGGAGAUUGUGGAUCAGAGGAAAGAAAUUGAGUUCAGAAAGGCUCGUGGCAAUGCAGACGACAUCAAGGUUGAUGGGAACACAGCCCAUCCAAACUUGUCUAUUGAUGCGGAUGAGAAGAGUUUUACGUAUAAGUCACAGGCCCAGAAAGUGACUCAAACUGAAAGGAGUUUUGAUUCAUCUGUCUGUGUGCUGGGCUCAAAAGGUUUCUCCUCCGGGAAGCAUUACUGGGAAGUGGAUGUUGAAAAAAGCAAUGACUGGGACCUGGGAGUAGCUGGAAAAUCCGCUCCAAAGAAAGGAACAAUAUCUCUGUCACCUAAAGAACAAUUCUGGGCUCUGGGCUUAAGUUUUAAAAAUUACUGGGCAAGAACUGAUCCAUGGACACCAUUAACGGUGCAGAAAAAACCCAAGAAAAUCGGAGUCUACCUUGAUUGUGAAGAGAGAAUGUUGACUUUUUUCAAUGUUACUGACAUGUCUGUGAUGUUCACGUUUAAAGACUGUGCUUUCUCAGAAGAAUUGUAUCCCUUCUUUAAAAACUCACACAAAGAAUCAACCAUGAGAAUUUGUUCAGUUAGAGAGGAAUAA